AUGAUUGAAAACACUUCAAUGUGUAUAAUGACCAAUGCAAUAUAUGCUAAGUAUCGAAGUUAUUUCACUUAUCUCGAUAUUUAUACACUAAUACCUGUCAUCGUCAUAUCGAUUUUCGGAUCUCUUACUUAUUACCAUACGACAAGAUUCGGUACAGGACGUACACUUUCAGCUUUUACACGACAAAUGGUCAAAAUGGGUUUGUUUCAAACUAUUGCUGUAAUUUUAUUCAAUGUUCCUUAUACUGGUGAGCAGAUUUAUUUUUUGACUACUACAAAUCUAGUUAAAGAUGCUUAUCGGCGAGCCCAAGAACAAUUAGUUACUUCGUUUUUUGCUGUUUAUGGAUAUGGGCCAUACAUGGCAAGUUUAAUUUUUGUUUGA